AAAGAACAACAAUAACAAAGCUGCCGGUUAAAAACUACAAUUUGUUCCUUUUUGAAAAAUUCAAGUAUGGUUUAAUUGGCAAAAGUUAUUCGGAAGUGAUUUUAACAUUUAUCUUUUAUAAAGAACUACGACAGGAUGAAUCGUUUGCCAUUGCGUGCGCGUGUGCUGUCAGAAUGUUUUCGAAGUAAAUCAUUGGACCCGGUCGCUGUUGUUGAACAUUCUUUAGCGCAAAUAGGAUCCCAUAAGCAUCUGAAUGCGUUUGUGCGUGUAUCAUCGGAAAAGGCGCUGGAAGAGGCGAAGCAGUCCAAGGAUCGUCACGAUGCAAACAGUCCAAAAAGCGUCCUCGACGGAGUAACAAUUGCGGUGAAAGAUAACUUCUGUACCAAAGGAAUUCUCACUACCUGUGCCUCUCGAAUGCUGCAAAACUUCAUCCCCACAUACGAUGCAACGGUCGUGGAGCGGUUACAGACGCGUGGCGCCGUCUUAGUUGGUAAAACAAAUCUCGAUCAGUUCGGCAUGGGCUCUGGCUGUAUCGAUUCCAUCUUUGGACCUACGCGAAACAACUGGAGCGAAGAUACUAACGAUGAUCGUUUUCGUAUUGCCGGUGGAAGUUCGGGUGGAUCGGCUGUGGCCGUAGCUGCAGGGCUAUGUUAUGCCGCCCUUGGAUCUGAUACGGGCGGAUCGACCCGAAAUCCGGCUUCCUAUUGUGGGAUUGUUGGUUUAAAACCGACCUACGGUCUUGUGUCCCGCCAUGGACUGAUUCCGCUGGUAAACUCUAUGGAUGUUCCGGGCAUAAUGACGCGGACCGUGGAUGAUUGUGCAUCCGUGUUAAAUGCCGUUGCCGGUCCUGAUGUCUAUGAUUCCACGACGGUAAAGAGACCGUUUGAAAGCAUCGAACCACUGGAGAAGCAAAUGUCGCUGAAAGGAGUCCGAAUCGGAAUUCCAAUCGAGUAUCACUGCGAUGGCCUCGAGAAGGAAGUGCUGGAAACGUGGACAGUCAUAGCGGACAUGCUCGAAUCUGCCGGUGCUACUGUGAAAGCCGUGUCCUUGCCCAACACCGCAUCUUCGAUAUUCGUCUACUCCAUCCUGAAUCAAUGCGAGGUGGCCAGUAACAUGUCACGGUAUGACGGAAUCGAGUACGGCCAUCGUUCGCAGGAGGACAGCAGCACAGAACAGCUGUACGCUCGAACGCGGGCCGAAGGGUUUAACGGUGUGGUGAAGAACCGAAUUCUGUCCGGCAACUACUUCCUGCUCCGCGAGAACUAUGACAAAUACUUCCAAAAGGCGCUGAAAGUGCGUAGGCUCAUUGCGGACGAUUUUGCCCGUGCGUUCAAGGAGGUGGACGUGCUGCUCACUCCGACAACGCUGAGUGAAGCGCCACUCUACAAAGACUUUGUGCAGAGCAACAAUCGGGAUCAGUGCGCCGUGCAAGACUUUUGUACACAGCCGGCCAAUAUGGCCGGAAUACCGGCGAUCUCGAUUCCGAUCCGACUUUCUUCCCGCCAACUGCCAAUCAGUUUACAGCUGAUGGGAGAUCAUUUUACCGAGCGAAACCUUCUACAAGUCGCCAGCUGGAUUGAGAAGCAGGUUGACUUUGUUGCAAAUUAUAGCUAAAAGCAAAUAAAAGUGGCCGUUAGUGGUUCCAGUUAGCUUA